UUGAAUCAUCAGUUCGUGUUCAGCAGUGUCGCUCGUUACAUAGCUUUCAAAAUAUCGAACUGUUCUGGUGGAUAUUUAUUGAAAAAUAGAAAAAUAUUUGAAUGCUCUGGUGGAAGUUUGAACCAGGUUUCGUUGUUGUUUUUUUGAGUGUAAUGUGUUCAUGCAUAUUCGUCUAACAUUCCAUGUUGUAAAUGUUCGAUUAAACAAAUUUGGAAUUGGUGUGUUGCGGUGUGUUGCUAUACAUUUUGACAGUUAAAAUAUCGUCAAAUUAUUGAAAUAUUGGAAAUCGAUUGAGAGGGUGGUGAAUAACUUGUUUUUCCCGUUUGGGCGCGCGUGAAUUUAUAUUACCGCAGAUAUCGUCCAACUGCAUUUUUAUUUGUUUUAACGAUUCGGAAAACUUGUUUUUUUGUUGUCGAAAACUUGCUGCCAAAUUAUAUUGUGUUUUGUGUACAGCGUGUGAUACAUUGUCAAGUGUGUUAACAUUGAUAAUAUUCUCUAAGAAACAAAUCCAAUUGGAUUCUUGGUGGAAACUGUUCGGAAAACAUUCGAUCGAAAUGUUAUCGUGGAUUUGCAUAUUUGUUUUUACCAUUUUCCUUUGGAUUCCAGCGGCUCCGGUGAAGGCAGCGUCUCCUCGAUGGGAACCACAAAUAGCUGUACUGUGCGAAGCCGGCCAAUCAUAUCACCCACAACAUUUAUCCGAAGAGGGACGAUGGACAACGGAUUUGAACAUAAAGACACCUGGCACAACGUGCCUAAGGGAUAAAAUGGAUUUACUGGAACAUUGCAAAAAGGUAUAUCCUGGACGUGAUAUAACCAACAUCGUCGAAUCUUCGCAUUAUCAGAAAAUUGGAGGAUGGUGCCGUCAGGGUGCAUUGAAUGCAGCUAAAUGUAAAGGCGCUCAGAGAUGGAUAAAACCUUUUAGAUGCCUUGAAGGAACAUUCCAAUCGGACGCUUUACUCGUUCCGGAAGGCUGCCUAUUCGAUCACAUUCACAAUGCAUCACGAUGCUGGCCAUUUGUUCGAUGGAAUCAGACCGGAGCGGCCGCCUGUCAAGAUCGUGGAAUGCAAAUGCGAAGCUUUGCCAUGCUAUUACCAUGUGGCAUUUCACUAUUUUCCGGCGUUGAAUUCGUGUGUUGCCCGAAACAUUUUAAAGAUUCGAUGAAAGUAAAGAAGACCGAUCUGCCAGUCAUACCAUCGGAACAGGAAAUCUUGCCAUCUCUUGACGAUGAAGCUGACGAAGUUGAUGAAGAUGAUGAAGACGAUAACGACGAAGAUGAGGAUAUGAUGGCCGAUGAAGCAGCUGAAAGCGAUGAUGACGACGAUUAUGAAUCCGACGAGGAUUUGGACGACCGAGACCAGGACGACGACGAUAGUUGGGACAGUUUGAGUACACCGCAAGCUAAAUCAGUUCCAAAAGAGUCGACAACUACUACAGGUGCACCAAUUACCACACAGAAGGUGACUGAAAUGCCGGCUUCAUCAUCCAGUGCUUCACCGGACCCAUAUUUCACUCACUUUGAUCCACGAGCCGAGCAUCAGAGCUACAAGGUAAAAGAUGCUCAGCAGCGAUUGGAAGAAACACACCGGGAAAAAGUUACCCGAGUGAUGAAAGACUGGUCUGACUUGGAGGAGAAGUAUCAAGACAUGCGUUUGGCCGACCCAAAAUCAGCUCAAACCUUUAAGCAGCGAAUGACUGCUCGUUUCCAAACUUCUGUACAGGCACUUGAGGAGGAAGGCAACGCUGAGAAACAUCAAAUGGCUGCCAUGCAUCAGCAACGAGUUUUGGCUCAUAUCAAUCAACGCAAACGAGAAGCUAUGACGUGCUACACCCAAGCUCUAACUGAACAACCACCAAAUGCUCAUCGGGUGGAAAAGUGUCUGCAAAAACUUCUACGUGCUCUACAUAAGGAUCGUGCACAUGCUCUUGCUCAUUACAGACAUUUAUUGAGUUCCGGUGGAUCUGGUGGACUAGAAGCAGCCGCUUCUGAACGACCACGAACAUUGGAACGUUUAGUGGACAUCGAUCGCGCUGUCAAUCAGUCGAUGGCAAUGCUUAAACGUUACCCAGAACUUUCAGCUAAACUCUCUCAGUUGAUGGAUGACUACAUUCAAGCGCUGCGCUCGAAAGACGAUACUCCUGGUUCCAUGCUCGGAAUGACUGAAGAUGCUGAAGCAGCCAUUUUGGAUAAAUACCGCGUUGAGGUGGAGCGCAAAGUGAGCGAGAAAGAAAGGCAAAGAAUCGCCGAAAAGCAACGAAAGGAACAGCGAGCCCAAGAGCGGGAGAAAUUACGAGAAGAAAAACUGCGACUCGAAGCGAAGAAAGUGGAAAUCAUGGUUAAGGAAGAGACCGAAAAGCAAACCGAACGAGACGUCGAAACGACCAAGGAACAAUUCGAAUCGGAAACAUCUGCACGCCCAUCACCAACCGCAUUGCCAACUGUAGAUGACGCAGCCGUUCAGAGAGCAGUGGAAGAAGUGGCUGCUGCUGUGGCCCAUCAAGAAGCCGAACCUCGAGUACAGCAUGUCAUGGCACAUGAUCUGGGACACGAAUCAAUGGGUUACUCAGUCCGACGGGAAGUCUACGGAUCGUCUGGUCAUGAUGGCAGAAAUGUUUACUUUACAUUAGCAUUCGCUGGAAUUGCGUUGAUGGCGGCAGUAUUUGUUGGUGUAGCUGUUUCUAAAUGGCGAGCAUCAAGGCAUCCACAUGCCCAAGGUUUCGUUGAAGUUGAUCAGACCAUUGGCGCCCCGGGACCUGUUACACCUGAAGAACGACACGUUGCCAACAUGCAAAUUAAUGGCUACGAGAAUCCGACGUACAAAUACUUCGAGGUCAAAGAAUAAGAACCAAUGUUACGAGAAUGUGCGGUAAGUAAGGUUUAAAUCAAAUGGAAGAGAUGUGGGGUUAAGACGAGACACGACAGAGAUACAGUUAUUAUAUAUAGUCCAGGAUAUAAUAAAGAAAAUAAAAAAACUUAGUAUUACAGAGAAAACAAUAAAACAAACAAUUUAUUCGAUCAUUCGACGGACAGCAAUUUGAAAGAUGGAAAACGGAAAAAAAAAUUAAAAAAAAGGAAAAAAAUUUAUGAAUAAUCUUAAAUGCAGCUUUGUAUUGUUGAUAAAACACCCACGUAUAAAUAUAUAUAUUUCUUAAAAAUAAAUUUAUUAAUCGGACGAGUGUGUGGUUUGAGAAUAUAUAAGUUGAAUGGAAAAUUAAUUAUUUUGAAAAUUUCACCGAAAACGCAGUCAAAGUUUAUCAUUUCUACGAUUUUACACCAAAUUUCAAUUGAUAAUUCACGACGUAAGGGCGCAAAUAAUUCAAAUAUUUUUACAACACUGAUGUCAUAAGCCGCAAACAUGCAAACAUCAUAUUCUGCAAAACGUCACAUUUAAUUGCGCAAAACGUCAAAUUUAACACAAAACGUCAUAUAACACUACAACUCAAUAAUGUGUUGACCGAUGACUCGCAUUGCCACUUCGUUGCCUCGAAUCUCAUUCUGUGACAACAUCUCAUUGAAUCAAUGAGCUACAAGUUACAUCGUUCUCAUGUUGAACUAAGAUUUAUAUGUAUACAUCGCUUGUAUUGUCAAUCAAAAAUUUAAAAAAAUUGUGCUAACGUCAUAUUAAGCUGGCCUACCAUUUAAUGAAAGAACUGCGAAACGUCAUAUGUAACGCAAAACGUCAUAUAAAACUCAAUAUAGUAGUAUGUUGACUCGAUGACUCGCAUUGAAUUAUUGAGCUGUCAGUUCGUAGGUUCGAACUUCAACAAUAUGAUUCCUUCAAUUAGAUUUGUCCACAUUAACAACAUCUGAUUGAUCCGGUUCAUUAUGUUGCGGCUAGAGAUAGAAAUAGUAUCUAUGACAUCUCUCGUUCUCCCGUUGUACCCAGUGUUAUAUGUCUUGUGUAUCGUUUGUAUUGCCAUUCAAUCAGUUGACGGUGAGUGUGUUGUCUUCACAAAAAUUUAAAAACAAUGCGCAAACGUCACAUAAAGCGGUCGUACCAUUUAUAAUGAAAGAACUAUUAAUAAAUUGUGCGUUAAAAGGACAUACUAUUCUCUAGACUUGUAAGGUUGUACUGCGCUCUUAUGGUUAGAAUUACAAUUUUCUUUCGAUUAAUAACAGAAAUUUUCAUUGUCUCUGUAUUUACGUUUAAAAAUUUUGACUUUACUAUGAAGGUAACAGGGCCAUUUCCUCCCUAGGGAAAAGCCUUUACCUCGCUCGUAAAGUAAAGUAGCAUACUGCACACGGGAAAUAAUUUGAUGUCUCGUAUCACGAUGAGUAAAAGUACCUCGGGCUGAAUCCCUCUGAUACUUUUACUCAUCUGGAUACGAUAUAUCAAAUAACUUCCUUGGUAUAGUAUUCUACUAUUGCUUUUAUUGAAUUUAGAGAAAGGAACAGUUAAAUCACAAAAUAAUUUUUUAGGUUAGGAAAUCUUUGCUGUGAAUUUCGAUUUAUAUUUAAAGAAAAUCUGCAAAAUCAUUAAACAAAAAGUGCAAAAAUUGCAAAUAAAUGGAAAGAAUUGCUGGUUUUUAAGAAAAUGACAAACUAAAACUAAUUGAAUCACAAACAAAAAAAAACCUGUAGCAUAUUUGUGUACAUGUUCAUAACUUAUAAAUUUGGUCAAUGGUUAUCUGUAGAUGAUGAGAAGAAAUAAUAAAAUUACAAAGAAAAAUCAACAAAAAAAAACUUUUUUUAAAGAUAAAUUUGAAUUCAAAAUUUUUUUUAUUUCUUUCAAAAAAAAUUUCAUUUAUAUCUGGAAUUCCCUCCUCCUGAAUUAGGUAGUAAAGUAAAAAGAAGGUGAAAUUAAAAAAAAAAAAAAAUUGAAUGUCGUAACAUUACAAGGCAAAAACUUAAGUUCUCUUGUACAAUUAAGAAUUAAUUUAUUUUCGGUUCGUUUACUUAAGUUGUCUUCAGUAUUUUUGGUUAUUAUUUUUUGUAUACGUAAACGGUCACACUUAUUCACUUAAUUAACGUUUCAGUAUUUCACUCAAAGUGUAGAGCUUUUGUUCCAUUUUUUUUUUAAACUGUAAACACUUCGAACAUUCAAAGUUAAUUUCUUGCACACAUUGAAUACGUAUCUGCUAUAAAAUAUCCAAUGCUCUCGGCUCUCGCAAAACUUAGUUUCGUGACGACAAAAAAAUAUAAAAAAUCUUUGCACACUCGGGUGUGUGGCUCCAUGUUCUUUUUUUUAUCAAAAACACUUAAAAAAAUAUAUCUAAAAUGGGAAAAACUUCCCUGUGUCUGGUUGCACGUCUGGAUGUCCGUCGACACUAAAAUUAAAUUUAAAAAAAGUCAAUCGCACACUCCCGCAACAUGUGCACAUUUAGCGACGUUUAAGAAAAUGCAUAUUUUCUGCUGAGUCUGCAUCUGCAAAAUAUACCAUUGCAACCCACGUCAUUACUGUGCGUUAUUGGCCAGUGAGUUCCAUGACAGUGAUUAUUUAACCUGGUUUAACCAGCUUUAGACUCCUAUUCUGAUAUUUAGUGUACUUUAAAGGCGGACUGAGAGAUGGCGACUGUUUCCUCCGGGACAGAUCCGGGACUGGCGUUGAAUAACGAAAUUUUAUAAAAUGUCCAUCGUUCAUAAAAAGAAUUGAAAAGCAUCUCCCACAUCACCCGAAUUCUCACAGGGCCAGUCCGAGUCAGCUCCGAAAACACGUAGAAUAAAACCGAGUAACUGCGAUUCUAGCUAAACUCGGGGAGGUGCUGCGUAAUCACUUAGGUCUUUUCGGGACAGACACUCCAUUUUGUGCUGCAAGUUUACCACUGGUGUGCAAUAUAGUCGCCGCCUAUCCGAUUAUUAUUUGAAAGUAAAAACAAUGUGGUAAGGACAAUUUCGUACAACCAGCUUCGCAUCAGCAACUCUGUCUUCUAAUUCACAUUUCGACGAGAAAAUUCAUUUUUCGAUAGAAAAUAACUGUAGCUUCCGCUCAUUCAUUGGCAUUGAUGAAACAUUGAUUUUUGCAAUCAAUUUAUUUCAGUUUUCGGGAUGAAUCGGAAACAACAAUUUAGAAAUUUUUGCUAAUUAAAAACCAAGAAAAAUGUUAUAAAAUGUGUGUUAACCAGAAAUACGUCCUUUUCAUAAAAAAAUAUUUAAAAGAAAAAUGAAGAAGUUGAAGAUGAAUACUUUUUUACGAGCACAACAUAAUCGUUUUUUGUACUUAAAUUUAUGAAAGAAAAAUUAAGUAAAAAUUCACUUUAAAUUUAACAAAAAAAGAAAAGUAAAAAAACUUUUAGAAUUUAUUGUAAAUCGAGAAAUAAAAGAAAAUUAAUUAAGGAAUUAGUCAAGAUGAAUUUGAGCAAAUAAAAAGAAAAUUGUGGAAAUCAAGUCACUCACGUUUAGUGCAGCGCCGUGUACAUUUUUUAGCGAUAAACCAUUUUUUGUUUUGUUUUUUAAUGUAACAUUAAACUUAGUCAACCGAUAAACGUAAGCAAAAAAAAAACUUCUUCAAGUUCUUUUCAUCUCUAAAAAAGUAAACACAACCAGUUAUGGAUAGUUGAUAGAAUUAUUAUUAGAAUUUGAUGUGUUUUCUAAAAACAAACAAAAAAGAAAUUAAAUUUUUAAACAAGUUAAACAAGAAAGAAAAAUUCAUUUGCUAAAAACAAGUAUAGAAACAAAAACAAGUUGACAAAAGAGGAAAUGGGAAAUUUAAAAUUAAAAGAAAAUCGUAAGAUAAGGUUUAAGCAUAAAAAUGAUAAAAAAUUGGACGCAAAAAACAUAUAAAAUUAUCAAACAUAUGAUCGGUGUUUAUAUUUUUAAGAAGAAAAAAUAUUUGUUUUUCAAUUGAAAUUCCUAGAUAAUAUAAAAUAGAAGUUUUGAAGUGAUGUGCAAGCUUUUUAUGUGCUUUCAAUAAAACGUUUUUUUUUUGUUGUUGGCCCGAAACUUGUUUACAGAAUAUCCACUUUAUCGUAUCCCAACACCAUGGUUGACUUUAUCAAAGGGGCGUUUACAGAUUGGGAAGAUUCUUGGCGAUAAUUUAACACUGAAAAAAAAAUUGAGGAUUUUAUCUGGAAAUGUUCUUUGCUCCCUUAACAUCGGAGCAGGGAAUUACAAUUGUUAGAUUCUUAAAAAAAUUGAUAAUUUUAGGAAUUUUAAGAACUAUCAAGGAUUAACUCAUAAAUUCUUAUAAAUUAACAAACUUUAUGACAAUUGCUAAAGAUUUGUGAAAAAUUUCUUAAAAAUCCGCAAAAAUUGUUAAAUUUAUAAAUUUUCAAAAAUUUUAAGAAUUUCAUUCUUUAAAUUCCUUAAGGCCAUAUGGUCGCUUAAAAAUUCUAAAAAGAAUGUCUUAAAAAUUUCCAUUUUUUUUUUCGAAUAAUAAGCCUUGCAUACUCAUAUCCUUUGCAAAGUUGCAAAAUUUCACUUUAUAGUAUGUUUGUCCGUUUCUAUUUUCGGACUGGCGUCACCGCGACUACUUCCACGGGCUCCGUGAUGAAUCGGAGCCCAAUGUUAAAUGUUAAUCUCAUUCUAAAUCGGUCCAUAACGAACAAGCAACUAUAUUUAGCAAAAGGAUGGUAACAGAUUUCUUGUAGAUAAACAACAAGAAAUAAUUGUCCUAUGAGUUUUUGUAGUGGGCAAUAGAUCGUUUCAAAUGACAUAUAAAACUGUCGACUGUAACAAAGCAGAGCCGUCUUUAACUUCUUGGUACCGAGGGCAACAUUGACUUUGGGCGCCAAAUGUUCUUGACUUAGGUGACUCAAAAACGUGAUUUUCGUAGACCCGGCGCCACGGUCAUUUGCCCAAAGUGUUCAUAUGGCCACAAAGUAUAGUCUCAAUGUCUAUAGCGAUGGUAACCGGCCUCGUAUUCUUUUCUCUGUGUAUAAAUAGAAGCUCAGCAUUAAUUAGGAUUCUCCCGAUGUCGUUUAUCGCCCGAACUUUUUUUUGAGAUAUUUUUUGAACUCAUUGAAACAAAUACUCAAGAAGCUUUUUUUUCGGAAUUUUUUUUUUUAGUGUCGUCCUCCAUUCCCAGUAUUACUAAACAGUGAUUGCUUAUUUGCGUUGCGUAUUUUAAUUUUUAAUCAAAUUUUUUCUCGAAAUGUAAUAAGUCGAAUAGAAAGAAAGAACAAUAUAUUUAAAAAAAAAACUCUAUUAACUAUGUGAACACUCUUUAUAAUACAAUAAAAAAAAUGCUUCAGCUUAUAAAUACUCCAUCAGCUGUUUCACUCUCUCUAUAAUAUAUUUUUGUUAGUCAUAAGAAAGAUACGAAAGCAUUUGUUUCAUACCGAAUUUAAAAAGAAAAACAAAUCCAUUUUAAACGAACAGAAAAUGAAAAUUAUCGCGAAAGUCAUAUUUAUAACAGAAAAAAAUAAUCGCAGAUUCGGACUUGGCGAUCGGAUUGACACGUCUCACGAUUUAUUUAGCAUCCAAAGCAAAAUUACUCUGGUGCCCCCAUACCAAAAAAAAAAGUUAUUUCAAAGAAACUCAGACAAUACGACCGAUGCGCCCUCUUAUAUAGUCAGCCCGGAUCUGCGAUCAAUGCAACAAAUUUUCGUUUAGAUAAAAAUCAGAUAUUUAGCAGCCAAUAUACACAAUAUAUUUACUCAAAAAAGUCAAAACUCGAAAAAGUAUAUUUUAGCGAUUGGAUGUUUGUAAUAACAAUAAAUGAAACAAAGUUAUAACUUCGACUUAAUUAAUCCACUCAUUUAGUGAGAAAACAGAACCCUAUUUUAGACGUUUGCUAUAUAUUAUACGACAAAAAGAAAACCCAAGGCAUCAAGCAAAGACCCAAUAUAAAAGUAAAAGAAAUCGAAAGAAAAAGAAUAAAU